AUGGGCAACCACCACGGACACACUUCAAAAUCUGGAAAUGCAACCCCUAACUCGGUGGCAAGUUCUCACAACAGUUCGCGAAAAAGCAUCACAAGAUCAAGUUUGGAAGCUGAACCCCAGGAAAAUCCCAGUCAAAUGUUACCUGUAGAAAAACUAGCAAAGAUUUUGGCAGAAAAAUCUAAACUUCAAACUGGAAGUAAUGGAAUCACCAUGGAAGUUUUCAGUCAAUGUCUGUUUCCUAGAUACCCAGUACUGGGUGAGAAACUUUUCAAAUACCUGCAGAAAAACAGCAAAUCAAGGAACACUAAUAUAGCAAUUAAUGCUUUCAAACAGCAAUGUGAGAGUUAUCUGGCUAUAAUAGAUGAUGAGACAGUGAGACAAACAUUAGUCAAAAUGUGGGCAAAUCCCAGUGAAGAAACUGACUGCAUCAUGAUGAGUCCAGAAGAUAUGACUUCUUUAUUGAUGUGCACCUAUCAUAUAAGUAUGGACCAUUAUUCUGAAGGUCCCCAAAUGUGCUUUUCCUGGAACAAAACUCUCAAAGCUGUUGUGGACAGCUGCUUCCACAACAAAAAGAGUCUGUCUGCUCAGUUUGUCACACAUUGGAUAGAAAGUAAUAUUCCUAGGCUACUGUUUCCAUUGCACAGAUAUGCUGUCCACUCUCUGGCUACUUCUUGGAGAACUUUGGAAUUGUGUGAACCCAAUUUGGCUGUUGGUGUAACAUGUGAAAUUGAGGCAUCUCCAGGAUUGGAGUUGGCCACCCCAGUUUUGGACCAACCGAAUCCGUUCGCGCAAGCCAAGCCCCAUCCUCAUCUGCUCACCAUGAGCAUGUCUUGGCUGCUGGCCGGAGCACUGCCACCUCUGUAUUCCAGACCGCAAAAGGCACAGUCGCCUAGCAGCAGCGGAAAUGGUCUGGCCAGCAUGUCCUUCCUGGCCAAACUGGUGUGUGCCAUCCCCUCCCAUUGGGCCAUCCUCUACGAUUCCGACGAGAUGGGCCUCGGUUCUAACCGCUUCCUGCACCACGUGCUGAGCUACAAGGGCCCCACCCUGAUCCUGAUCCGGGUGCAGGACGGGCAGAAGUUUUGCAUCGCCUCGCCCAACGAGUGGCGCGAAUCGCACCACUAUUGGGGCGGGGAGGAGUGUGCCGUUUUCCAGCUCUUGCCCAAAUUCCAGUUGCUCGAGAAAGGUCCCAAGAUGCUUUACCUGAAUUCGACUGUCAGGGGUUAUCCGUUCGGACUUAGGGUCGGCAAAGAUCCCAGAGCACCCAUCAUAAGCAUCGAUAAAGGGUUCGAAAAAAUCGAAUGGCAAAAGAUCCCCUACCACUUGGAAUGCAUCGAGGUAUGGGGCUGCGGCGACCCGGUAGCCAGAGAGAGACAGCUCGAAGUGAAAAAGUGGGAGGUGAAAGAGGCGGAGCGACAGCGAACUGUGAAAUUGAGCGCCGCCGAUUGGCUGGAUCAUCCGGACAGGUACUUACUGGAGUUGGCCGGACGACCUCAGUACCACCAGAAUCAGACUUAG